AUCUCCGGUUCUCCACACCACCAUUCAGAGGAACCACACCGACACCCCAUCCACUUUAUCUCAGUAGAGAGGUUUAGAAGCAGUGAAGCACAAGUGCAGCAAGAGCUGCGAGAAGGAGGAGCGGGCAGCAAUGGCGAGGCACAGCCUCCUUGCCGUGCUCCUCGUCGGGCUAGUCGCGGCCUCCGGCUUCAGCCAGGCGGCCGCCGCUGGCCGUGGCCUCGCUGAGAAGCUCCCGGAGCCGGAGCCCAAGCCGACGCCGUACCCGGAGCCCAAGCCGGAACCCAAGCCAGAGCCAAUGCCUAAGCCUGAACCCAUGCCAAAGCCAGAGCCUAAGCCUGAACCCAUGCCAAAGCCAGAGCCUAAGCCUAUGCCCAAACCUGAGCCCAUGCCAAAGCCAGAGCCCAAACCGGAACCGAAGCCGGAGCCGAUGCCAAAGCCCGAACCAAAACCUGAGCCCAAGCCUUACCCGAUGCCCAAACCUGAGCCUAAGCCUGAGCCCAAGCCCGAGCCUAUGCCAAAACCUGAACCAAAGCCAGAGCCCAAGCCCGAGCCUAUGCCAAAACCUGAACCAAAGCCCGAGCCCAAGCCUGAGCCUAUGCCAAAACCUGAGCCUAAGCCGAUGCCAAAACCCGAACCGAAGCCAGAGCCCAAGCCUGAGCCGAUGCCUAAGCCAGAACCGAAGCCAGAGCCCAAGCCUGAGCCUAUGCCAAAACCUGAACCAAAGCCAGAGCCCAAACUCGAGCCGAUGAAGCCCGAGCCUAAGCCGGUGCCAAAACCCGAACCUAAGCCAGAUCCCAAGCCUGAGCCGAUGCCAAAACCGGAGCCAAAGCCAGAGCCCAAGCCUGAGCCGAUGCCAAAACCCGAACCGAAGCCGGAGCCCAAGCCUUACCCAAUGCCCAAACCUGAGCCUAAGCCUGAGCCCAAGCCUGAGCCGAUGCCCAAACCAGAACCAAAGCCAGAGCCCAAACCCGAGCCGAUGAAGCCAGAGCCUAAGCCAAUGCCAAAGCCGGAACCGAAGCCAGAGCCCAAGCCUGAGCCGAUGCCAAAGCCCGAGCCCAAGCCUAUGCCGAAGCCAGAGCCCAAACCAGAGCCGAUGCCAAAGCCAGAGCCUAAGCCCGAACCAUUGCCUAAACCAGAGCCUAAGCCCGAACCAAUGCCUAAACCAGAGCCCAAGCCUGAACCUAUGCCUAAGCCGGAGCCCAAGCCUGAACCCGAACCAAAGCCAGAGCCACCUCCGAAGGGCAAGCCGCCAAUGACUGACAAUUGAUGUGAUACUCACAUAUGACAGCUGAAGGAGGAGAUCGACCCCGUCCGGAGCCACGGUGUGCUGUUUCUAGAUUCUAGAAUAAGUGGCGUAGUAUCCGGCUAGCGAGAUAGUGAUGAUGCAUCUUUUUGUAUUCCUUCUAUGUUCCGCCAUUCCUUUUAGUUUCUGUUGUUCCAUGCACCCGUGAGAGUAUUACUACUUUGUAAUUAUCAUUUGCGUGUUGGUAUACGUUCAUCUGUGCACAUGACUCGUUGUUCUUUCGUGUAUCUACACAUGUUUUUAUUCGCAUGGAAAACACAUUUUUGUCCA